GCAAGCACCCUCGUUUUGGCGUGGAGAGAUCGGCCAUUUUGUUGGCAGAAAAGAGUAUUACAGCUAUAUAAUCAUGAUGUUUGUGUGUGAAGUUUUUAUUGGAUCAAUAUGAAAUGGAUAAGAAAGAAGUUUCAUAUAGUUCAGAUCAUCAUCUUUUCAUCGUGGUCGCCGGAUAGUGCUGCGAUCACGAAGUAUAACAUUUGGUUGCAAUAGUUUUGAGCCAAUCUUUGCCCUAGCGACCCGUUUCCGGGCUUGAUCGACUAGUGACAACAAAUCCACUGUCUUCCAAAAUUUAACUUCUCUAUCGGGCUAGCUCUAUAGAAUUUUUUUAUAAGUUUUGAAGCUACUGCAGGAGAUAUAGUUUACGUAUGAUACACGUUAACACUUUCCCCAACCUGUAGAGCUAGCUGACUUUAACUAUUCAAGAUGUCUGCAAAUGCAAGAGUACCACCAGCUCCACUUCACACAGUUCAUGAGUCAGUGGUGACUGAUCGUUCCGAUCGGCAUGUCAGUUCCUUAAAAACGAAAGAGGUAAAGUCAAUAUUACUUAUAGGGCUAACCUUUGCAUAUUAAAUAUUUUACUACAUCCAUGUUCCCUCAAUAGAAAGUUAAGUCUGCUUAUAUCUUUUUAAAAUUUUACUUUUAUUUUAAUUUGAGACCUAGGCUAAUUCAUUGCUUUAUAAAAAAAUCAUAACAGUAAUAGUCAUAAAGAUUAUUCUGUAGUGUAGCAGUGAUUAAGGCAUGCCCUACACUACAGUUUCAAUGACUACAGUCUUAGUAUGCAGUUCAAAUUUAGAAAUUAGCUUUAGGAAGUUUAGACAAAUAAAAUUUUACACUAAAUUUUAUUUGAAAAAAGCAGUUGACUUAUACUUAUACCUAUACCUAUAACUAUAAUGGGUUAGGGCAAUAAUAAAUAAGAAAGGACUAAAAGUUCACUAAGCAUAAGCUUAAUAUAAAAAAAAAUCUAAUGACAAUACUUAACUCUUUCGCUGCUGAAUUUUUUUAAUGACAAAAUUAUGCACAUAUUUUUUUCCAAAGGCAAAAAGAGUGAGAGAUUGGGUUUAUUUAAAAAAUAUUUUAAAAAUUUUGUGGUUUAUAAGAAGGCUAAAUUGGGUAUCAAAUGAAACAUAAUUGCAUGGGCUAAUAGUAUAUGUUUAUAAACUUAUUUAUUCAUUUAUCUAAAAUAAGUAACCGAAAAGUAACUUAAAAUGUGAAAACAUGAAAUGCAAAACUAUUUUUUACCCUAACCCUUUGAUGUAGGCAUACAUCAUCUUCACUGGUAUAACUCAAAUCAUCUGAAAACUACUACUGUGGAAUCAUGUGAUGGAUCUAAAUCAUCUUCACUAUCAAUAGAAAUAUUAUGAAUCAUUUCUAAAGCUUGCUGAGCUGUUAAUGUUUAUGAAACUCACUCACCCCACUAGGCCCUGGUGUAGCCAUAGCCUCAGUAUUGAUAACCCAAAAAAAUACUACUUCAAAUAACAAAUAAACCUUGCUUUCACUCAUAAACAAUGUAAAAGUAUUAUUUUAAAAAAUUCAGCUACUUGGAGAGGGAAACCAAAAUUAGGAACAAAAUGUUUAAUUUUAAUGGAAUAUGUUUUGAGAAAUAUUUUCAUUCCUAAAUUCUACUGCUCUGCCUAAUCUGAAUGCCAAGUCAGUAUCCCUAACUCAAGUAUAAAUAAACCCCCCCCCCCAAUCAUUUAGCUCUUUUAAAAAAAAAAUUCAACUUAGUUUCAAAGAAUCAACUUUUAAACACUUUAUUGCAGGUUCCACCAAAAAUAAAAUCUAAAUUUCCUAAAUUCUACUGCUCUGCCUAAUCUGAAUGCCAAGUCAGUAUCCCUAACCCAAGUAUAAAUAUACCCCCCCCCCCCAAUCAUUUAGCUCUUUUAAAAAAAAAAUUCAACUUAGUUUCAAAGAAUCAACUUUUAAACACUUUAUUGCAGGUUCCACCAAAAAUAAAAUCUAAAAGUAAUCAGAAAAGUCUAAACCCAUUUUUCCAAAUGCUGGAAAACUUUGCCUCAUUUUAAAUAUUAUAAUUAACCACCAAUUUAAAUAUUGAUUCAAAACAUUCCAUCGGCGAUCGGCAUAUUAAUAUUUAAAAAAAAUAAAAGUUUACUCUAGUAACAAUCCAACAAUUUACAAAAGGGAGAGAAUUUAUAAAGAAACUCAAAGAGGAUGGCUGUACUAAAUACAACCUGCACAAUGUAUCAAGUAAAUCUACUAAAAGUUUUUGUGAUAAGCCUACCAAUAUCUGUUCUCUACUCUAUGCUACACCUAGCUUCAGUGCAUUCUAGUCUAAAUUUUAAUUGGUCUCAUUUGCCUCGCCACUUUAGCAGUAUAUAUGUUAUAUAAUGUAGCAUGUCAUUCAGCACAAAUAAUCAUAAACUUGAUUAAAUUUACUUAGAGCCUACUUUUUAGGCUACUUUAAUUAACUAAACAGAUUUUGCACAUCAAAGCCUAAAAUUAAAAUAAUAAUUAAUCAAUACAUUGCCAAGUCUUACAAUAAGCAGCAUUAAAUGGCUUCUCAUAUGAGCUUUGGAUCCAGUAGCUUUCUAAUUUUGGUAGGAUAAGUAGGUUAUGAUUUUUUUAACUGGCAAGACUAAGGAUAUAUUUUUUAAAAUUUGAACUCAGGGUUGACUUCCUCCCCAAGAACAGCUAACUCAAUAACAAAUGGACUAUCAAGUCUAUUUUACCUGGCUAUUUCACCAUUGUAGUGGCCAAAUGAAUGUGGUGGAAUGGUACCAUACUUAAUUUUUGUUGAGCAAAGCAUAUAGUCAUUAGAGAUUCAAAUUUUAAUGACAAUCAUUUAAGUUGCUUCAUUAAAAUAUUGAAAUUGUUUUUCACAACAGAACACAGAUGAAAACACCACUACACCAUCUACAAGGGCACCACCCUCUAGAUCUAGGGCAAAUGAUGAACCUCACAUAGGAAAAUACCGCCUAAUCAAGACAAUUGGAAAAGGAAAUUUUGCGAAGGUGAAACUGGCAAAACAUGUUCCAACAGGAAGAGAGGUAACUUAAACUCAGCCAUUGCCAUUUAAUCAUUAAUGAUGGAUCUUAUUGACUUUUUCUAUUUUGGUCCUUAUUCAAGGUUCCCAUACAGCCGGAAAACAGGAAAUAGUCGGGAAUUCGUUGAAUAAUUUUCCCGGUCGCGUAAACCAGGAAAAUGAGCUUUAUUAGUAAGGAAAUUUUCCGACUAGUCGAUAAUUUUUAAUGUAAAAAAUAAUAAUACAUUUGGAUUCCAUGAAAAUCAGCAGUUAUCACCGAUCUCGUCUAUUUUUAGUCUUUCAAAGGCUAGCGGUUUCCCCUUAACUGCGCAUGCUUUUUGAUCGAAACUCAUACCGUACUACGUUUUUGAUAGACCAGAAAUAUUUAUUUUCUGUUCAGUUCGCCGAUCAAGAGAUGUUUGGGUAAGUAAAGUGUAAAAUAUAAUUAAUAAUUAUUUGAAACUAGUUUUUAAUUGUGAGGUAGCCGUUAUAAAUAGAAAACCACUCGCACUGUCUAAAAUGUCUAAGCUUAGCGUACUUUAUGUCUUAGUAAGUCUUAGUCUAAAUAAGUUGAUUUUUUAGGGUAUUAUUCGGUGUAAAUUAAAAAUAACACCGCCUAUGCCUAAUUCGAAUUAGCAAUUCAAUAAUAGUAAUAAAAGAAGCUUUUGGUAUUAGUGGUAGUUCUACCCCAUGACCACAGUAGAGGAAUUUGAUUUUUAAAUGUAUGCCUUCAUUAAUUUAUCUACAACAAAAACAUAUCCAUGUAUUUUUUUUUUUAUUAAAGCUAGGCCUUCUAAAUUUAAAUAGUGAUUUUGUGAUAUUAUUUUCGUACUAGUUUACUUUACGGCUGACUCCAAACUUCAUUUAAAAGUUAUUAAAACUAGUUGAUUUUUUACACCCAUUCAGUGAGCCAGACAUAACUGUAUACAUUUAGUCUUUAUUUAUAGUUAUGCACCCCUGUACUUUUCACUUCACGGUAUUAUUACUUUUAUUACCUAGGCACAUUUGCGUAGGUCAAGGGUUGUUGUUUUGUUGUUUUUUUUUUGGGGGGGGGGGGGGGGUUUAACUUUGGGGGACCAAAGGCCUGCGGAAAAUCCUGAGACUAUGUCGUUUCGUAUGUGAUAUGCCUAUCUUAGUAUCUCUUCUAACUGUAUUACCGUACCUGUUUUUUGUUUUUAUUUAUAUUUAUGCCCCCCUGUACUUUUCACUUCACGGUAUUAUUAUUUUUAUUUCCUUGGCACAUUUGCGUAGGUCAAGGGUUGUUGUUUUGUUGUUUUUUUUUUGGGGGGGGGUGGGGUUUAACUUUGGGAGACCAAAGGCCUGCGGAAAAUCCUGAGACUAUGUCGUUUCGUAUGUGAUAUGCCUAUCUUAGUAUCUCUUCUAACUGUAUUACCGUACCUGUAGUUUAGUAUGGUUAUAAUAUAGUCUUUAUGAUGUAUGCCUUACCAUAAAUUAUAAACCUAAUAUGAUAAUAUAUUUUAUUUUGUUUCACUGUUCAGGAUCUAGGCUCAAUAAAAUAAUGCCCAACAGUUCCUUAAAAGGCUGAUGGUUAGACAGCAAUCAUGAUGAUUAUGAUUAAACAAGUCAUCACUGCUAUACUAUGCUGAAAAUAUUGAUAUCAAGUAAUCUAGGGGAAAAUUUUUACAAAUUUCAAUCAUCUGAUGAGACUUCAUCUAUCUAGUUCAACUUCAGCUUAUCACUUCUGAAACUUUUCAGUCAAGAUCCCAGUUUAUGUGUCAAAAUAUGAAACCCUGCGUGGAGAGAUUUUAUAGACACUAAAGUGUGUUAACUCUAACUAUCCAUUUUCAUGGCAGGAAGAAAACAUAAACUCCAAAUAAGAAAAGAUGCUUUCAACUUGUGGUAGCUAUACAUAUGUUCUAAAAUGCCCUAAAGAACAAAUUGCAGAAGUUUCCCUUUCACUUUUAAAGUAAACAUCAACAAUUUUGCAAGUCUAAUUAAAUUGAACACUUGCAAUUGCUAGGAAAUUAAAUAAAUAUUUACAUGUAUACACCUUCAUUGCUUAAUUUUGUUAAUUUGUGAUUUAUUUUUAAUGUUGCUUUAUAUGACAAUUUCAUGGUUGUUUUUAUAUUAUCAACAAAAAUGCUGCGUUGCGUUUGUCAGGUAUUUUUUUGCUUUCAGUUGGGAAAAGUAGGGAAUUAUGUUUUUAAAAAAGAGUUGGAACCAUGCUUAUGAUAUGCAUAUUUAAAAGCCCUAUGUUAGAUUAUUCUUUUUAAAAGAGCCUAUCUGUAACUGUGCCAACCCCUUUUUUUGCAUGCAAUUGCCUCGUUAAAGUUACAUUCUUAUUAACAUAACAAGUACAUUCUUUUUGGCAUGUCCUUACCUGUAGUACAAACUGUAACAAUGUUGUAGCUCAUAUGAUGACUGCAAUUAUACCAUGUUAUCUCUGCAUAAUAAAUAUUUGAAAUUUCUUUUAAAAUUCUCAUUUUUCAUUCAUUUUGGGAUAUAUUUCUUUUUUAACAGGUAGCAAUAAAGAUUAUAGACAAAACACAGUUAAAUCCCUCAAGUUUACAAAAGGUACUUAUUUUUGUUACAUGAAACAGGUUAAAAUUUACUUGGUUAUUUUUUUUUUAAAAUUAUGGAAUAAUAUGAUUAGGCCUUAAAUAAAAAAAAAUUAUUAAUUCUUUCUGAUUUUUUCUUAGAUGUUUCAUUGUAUGUUCCUUUAAAUUCUCUAUUUACAAAGAUAAGUUGUAUUAAAUCUUUUUGUUCCUCAGCUCUUUCGUGAAGUGAGAAUUAUGAAGCUGCUGGACCAUCCCAAUAUAGGUUAGUUUCAAUUUCUGCUUUAAAUAGUAAACAUUUUAAUAAUUGAUGCUGUUUUACUUAUUCCAGCCUUUUUUUUCCCCAAUAAAAUAGUCAAUUUUAUUUUUAAAAAUGAUUAAAUCUAAUUUUGUCGGAGAUAAUGUAUUUAGUAAGUAGUAUAAGAUAUUUCUUUCUGUCUUAAUAAUCCCAUUAAAAUGUAUUGUAUGCAUUAAAGGUUUUCAAUCCUCAUGGCAUUUUUCUUUAAAAAAUUAGUUCAAAUUCUAAGAAUUAAACCUUAUGAAGAUUUAAAAAUAAAACUUAAAUGUAACUAUGGUAAAAGUAAAGGAAAAACAUUUGUUAUAACACUGAUGACUAAUAAUUCUCUCAAUGUUUUUAAUAUUAUACUUAAAUAGUAAUUCUAAGUUAGUUAGUUUUUUGACAUUUAUGGAGCUUACAUUUCUGAUCAAAUGUUCAAAAUCAAAUAAAGCUAGGUUUAUCUCAGGUGGGUUAAUGGACAGAGAAAUACGAUUGGCUUGGGACCAUCUAUAAUGAUGUUACUUAUGCACUGAGAGAUGAAAGAGGGUGGUGUUGACUUGGAAGGUUACUGGUGUGCAUGGGAGGGGUAAAGGAGGUGUCUAAAUAUUUUUAACGGCUAACACCGUCACUUGUGAUAAUGAUCUUGAUAACUUCUGGCUUAUUCACACUAGAGACACCUAUAACAAGUAUUCUCUUAAUGAACUUAUUUCUUGAUUCAGUUAGCGACUUGUUUCAUUUUUGGCAUAAACGCAUUUGAAAUAUACGUGACUCACAUUUUUUGUGACAGAACGCGCCAUUUCGGUGUACCUGGCCCUUUUUUGACUGAUUUUUAAAAAAUUAAGUGUAGAAUGAUACCAAACUAUAUUCAGGUAUAUGCAGAAGUGCAUCCCUGCAUUUGAAUUUAUAAAAAUUCUCGGAAAGGGGUUCAGCCUCCUCCCUGAACCCCACCCCUACUUUUGCUUGGGUGACUUUGGCUGGCAUCCUCCAUUUUUGCUUCCCCACUGCAUCUUUGUCUAUCAAAGUUGAAAAUGACUGGCACCUUUUAUUUACAAUAAUGCAAUGUAUAUUAAUCUACAUCAGUUACCUGACUUUGGCAUUAAUGCAUUGUUUGAUUUUUAGAUGGUAAAUUACUAUUCUGAAACUAUAUUGUACUAUUUUGGGAUUUCCAUUUUAGCCAGGUCUGAAUUAGCUUGUAUUAUUGCUUGCUACAGAAUUUAAAAAAAAAGAAAGAUAUAAAUAUUACUGAUGUAAUGUCGUGGUCCACUUAAGGAACAAAAAAACAAAUAAAUUUUUUCACAAUUGUUUUUAACAGGAAGGGGUGGGGGUCCAUUUUGUAUUUUUGAAUAUAAAAGAAAUAUCAUUUCAAAAAAAUGUCUUGAUGAAUAGUAUUUAUACAUUUUUAAAUAUGUUUUAUACUUUGUCUUUCAGUAAAACUUUUUGAAGUUAUUGAAACAGAAAAGACUCUUUACCUUGUUAUGGAAUAUGCAAGUGGUGGUAGGUAGUAUUUUGUGCAAUGUUCUCAUACUUAUUUCUAUCUAUUUGUGGUUUUUUGUGUGUUUUUUUUAAAAUCAAAGAUGGGGCUUAGUUAUAAGUUUUCAAUAACAAAUAUGUGGGAUUACUUCAGGUGAGGUGUUUGAUUACUUGGUAGCUCAUGGACGAAUGAAAGAAAAAGAAGCAAGGGCAAAGUUCCGACAGGUAAAUAUAUUAAUAUAAUUUUAUUUUUGUUUGUAUUAACAGAAAAGUAGUUUAAAUGAUUUUUUUUACCUUUUGCGGUAAACUAAGGUAUUUGUCUCCCAUUAUAAUGAAUUAAACAUUGGCAUCUCAUAUUUGUUUUAGCCAUUAAAUUGUUAAAAAUAUUAUUUUUUAAUGACACAUUAUUAUUAACUUGUUUGAAUUCUUCCACACAGAUUGUUUCUUCUGUACAGUACUGUCACCAAAAACACAUAGUGCAUAGAGAUUUAAAGGUAAAGAAUUAUGGAUAUUAUUUUUCUUGAUAUGACAGUGCUCAGUGCAUGUGUUUAAAUUGUUAUGGUUAUGGUAAGGCUCUUUAUGUGCUUAAAAUAUAUUAAUCAAAAGUAAUUUUCAUUUAUUUGGAUCAAUUAAAAUAUUUAUCUUACAGACAGAGCUAAAUAACAAUAUUCCAAGAGUUAUGGUUAGGGUCUUAAAUAAUAAUAACUAAGUGACACAACAUCAAUCACUAACACAUUAUCCUGAGCGGCUAUUGAAAAAACAAUUUUUUGACUUCUUCCUUUCACCUCUGGUUUAAAAAUACUGAAUUGUUUUUAAUAUUGAUUUUAUUUUAAUAAUCUUACAUUUUUGUAGACUGCUCCUUUAUCUUCCACCCCUUUAAAUACAGGCAGAGAAUCUUUUGUUAGACAGUGAUAUGAACAUCAAAAUUGCAGAUUAUGGUUUCAGCAACGAGUUUACACCAGGCAACAAGUUAGAUACAUUUUGUGGGAGCCCACCAUAUGCAGCUCCUGAACUUUUUCAAGGUGGGACAAUUUAUUAAUUUUUUAAAACUUGAAAAAAAAAUGUUACGUUUAAGUCUUUUAACCAUGCGAAUAGUAUAAUUUGAAGAUAUAAACUUCCCUAAAAUUCACAAGUGUUUCUGUUGUCAUAAUAAUCACAUAAUGACCUCAAAAGUGUUUCUGUUGUCAUAACAACCACAAGUUUAACCCCUUGAUCCAGAUUUUUAUGUCUAUUAAAUACAGUCUAUGUCUAGCCUGAAAAAUAAUUUAGAUUAACUGUCUGUACAUGAGAAUACUUAGGUCAUGUCCUACCAUGUGACUUGUAAGUUUCUGUCCUGGCUGCACCCUUAAGCUUAUUUGUUAUUUUUUAAAAUAAUAAUAUGUGUAAUUAAAGUUCUAUCCAUAGCUAAAGGUUUUUUUUAAUGAAAAUUGUUAUACAAUCCUACAAUGAUUUUAAAACAAUUUUUCUUCUUUUUAUAAUUUUUUAAAGUGUAGUGGACUACUAGCAGGCAAAUUUAGAUUGAAUUAAUAAAAUAUAUUAUAAAAUUUGUUUAUUUUUAUGUCUGUUGGUGUUAAUUUUGCUCAUGAGCCCAGGGGGAUGGGAUUUAAAGCCAAGUUGUUUUUUGGGCUAAGAUACAAAUGGUUAAAUGAGGUUUUAACAUUGAGCAAAUAGUGUUUUAUGCCCUGAAAAAUAAGUAUAUAAAUUUAAUUGCUUAUCUAAAAGAAAGGAAGUAUUCAUUUAAUUUUUAUGUUUUGCACUUCAUAUAUGCCCUUCAUUUUUUCCAGGCAAAAAAUAUGAUGGUCCAGAAGUGGAUGUAUGGAGCUUAGGUGUGAUAUUGUAUACACUUGUCAGUGGAUCUCUUCCAUUUGAUGGCCAAAACCUUAAGGUACAGCUUGUUUGGGAUUUACAAACCAUAUCAGUGCAUUAAAAAUAAAAGUAAUGUAAUGUAGCAUUUUUCUCAGCUGUAUAAAAUCUGUAAAUGUAGGAAUAACUUUUCUAAAAAUGGGGGGUGGUUUGCUGCGUGCAUGUGUGUUUGGGAAUGGAAUGUGCCGUGUGUGUGUGUCUUUUUUUUUUUACUAUACAACCUUAUGCUAUUUAUUGUAGGAGCUAAGAGAAAGAGUUCUAAGAGGCAAAUACAGAAUACCCUUCUACAUGUCAACUGACUGUGAAAACCUUUUAAAGAAGUUCCUUGUUUUAAAUCCAUUAAAACGGGCAAGCCUAGAGGUAAGAAUGUUAUCUAGUAGUUUUUUCAUAUGUAUCCUAUUAAUUCUGCUACCUUGGAUUGAUAAUAUAUUUUAUAUUUAAAAUCUUCCAUUACAGCCAGAGAUGCCUUAAGAAUUCUUAUUUUUAGAAAGGAAUAAAACUUGUGUAAACUUUUACAACUUUUCUUUUCUAAUGGUUUUGAUUCCCCCUUUUUUAAAACCCAUGAAAAUUUUUUAUUUCAAAAUUGUAUUUUCAAUUGUUAAACAUAAAAUAACGUUUGGAAAGUGAAAAAAAUCUGAUGAUUCUGUAAAUUAACCCUUACAGGGCAGACGUUCAUCUUUUUGCUAGCUGUGAACGGGCAACAUUUUUCCGGUUUUUAGUAAGAUUUAGGGUUAUGUUAGUAAAACAUCAAAUCUAAGGUGUUUGUAAACAAAUUUUUGUGAAAUAAAAAACAAAAUAAAGGAAAAUGAAUGCAGAUUUAUUAUUUUACUCACAUGUUGCCAUUAAUCCACCCAUUAACACAGAUAUUUGCAAAAUACAACAUAUUGUUUGUGAUUGCCAGUCAUCUAUUUACUAUUUACAUAAACUGUCACAAAAUCGAAGUGUGGGCACUUAAACACUGCUUACGCUGAUAUCACCAAUAAUAUAAUAUCUAGUUCUGAUAUAUAUAGUCAAUUUCGUGCAAAAUCUCCACUAUCACUUGAGGAAAUGUCAAAAUCCAUUUUGAAAAACCCUGAAAACUACAAAAAAAAAUCCUAUCAAAUACUUGUAACUGGCGCCCACACAAUCAAGCUAUCGGCAAAACGGGUUGUAAACUAUUGGUGAGUCUUGCAAAGUCUCGGAGAUUGCCUAUUUACAACUCUUAGUUGCCCUUUAAGUGGUAAAGACGUUUUUGGCCGCUCUGCCUUGUAAAGGGUUAAUGUACAUUAUAGAAGGAUUCAUGAUGAGAAAAUAAUUAUUCCUAUAUUAAAGUAAAAAAUGUAGUGGUGGAAUGUUACAAAAUUCACAACUAUUUAUAUAUGUAGUUGUUAUUAGUCUACCUGUCUUCUGAAAACCUACUUUAAAAAAUAUUUCUAUUUACACAUUUUUUUUUUUUUUUUAAAUUAGUAUCGAUAUUAUUGUUUUGAAAAAUAUUUUUGUGACCAGUGGGCAUUAGAAAUGCUCUGCUUUUUAAUAUGCUUUGUUAAAUGAAUUAUUUAGACUCUGUAAGGCACCUCUGGACAUGUUUUGAUAUAUCUGAAGUUAAAAGCAAAACUGAAAGAAAUUAUUAUUAUGUUAUAUCCAGGGACUGAGAUGUAUGAUUUUAAUUUUGAAUUAACCUGAAGGUUCCAGCAUAUGACAGCUGCUGUCCUACACUUAACUAUCUUAACUAUACCAUACUUACCAGAUUUUCUCUCAUUCUUAUAUUGCGGCUGUUUUUUAUAUUCUUAUGAAUAAUUAUGUUUCCUUGCUUUUUUUUAUUUUAGAGGAAAAAUCAGCUCAAAAAAAUUAAAAAGAAAUAAUCUUUAAUUCUACUGAUCAAAUACAGCUGACAUAUUUUUGUAUCAGAAGAUACAAAAUAUAGAGAGCAAUUUUAAUAAGGUUUAUUAAUAAUUGAAUUUGUGCACCAUGAUUUUGUAUAUUUUACUUGACACUUUAAAAAAAAACAUUUGUUUAUUAUACCUUUAUUAUUCUAAAAACAUGAAUUGAAUUUUUUGCAAAUUCAUGCUUGUUAACUAACCUUCCUAAGCAGUUUUAUGUUAAUAUAUGAUUUAUUUUGUUUUAAAACAGUUAAAAGAAGACCUGAGAUUAAUAAUUUGUGAUUGCUAAUUAUUGCUUUACAAAUAGUGAAGUCUUUUGUCUGCUGAUGCUCUUCUUCCCUUAUAUUGUAACUUCAGACCAUAAUGAAGGACAAGUGGAUGAAUAUAGGUUAUGAAGAAGAUGAACUUAAACCAUUUGUAGAGCCCCCGCCUGACAUAAAUGAACCAAUGAGGAUAGGUAAUGAUGUUGGCAAACCUGCCACCACACAGCCCUUGCGCUCUUGCUUCAUCCUUUUGAGCGCUGACUUGUUUUAUAAACAAUUUUUUGAAAAUCUUCUGUUGCAUAGUCCGUCUACCACUGGAUGUCUCCAUGUACCUUAACACCUUUUACUCAAUCUUUGUCAUGUGUUUGUUAUGUAAGGAGGGCCGUUUGCAUGGUGCAUGCUAGGGUGUGUAAACCUAAGACUGCCACUGUACUGUUAGUUAAUACAUGGAUUUGGCUGGUCUCAUUAAUUUUUGAAAAUCAAUAAAGUAAGUUCUUGACCAGACAGGGGCAAUCUUUACAUGUUUGCUCUUACUCACCCUAUUUCCUUCAUUUCAGUUGUGCCCACAGGUUAGAUGUAGAAGGGCCCUCCUUAAUUUUUUUUUUUUCACCUGGAAAUGUUACCAUGUUUUUCUCAGAAUAUGUUUAUUUUAUUGCUCAGACAAUAAUGAAAGACCGCUGGAUCAAUAUGGGUUAUGAAGAUAGAGAAUUAAAGCCAUUCAAAGAGCCGUCGAAAGACGAACUAGACUUGCAUCGGAUAGGUAAUUGUUGUGUGACAUUCCUUCGCUUGAGAUUUCCUACAAUUUCUCCUUGCUCACUUUGGUAAUGAAAGAGCAUACCAGUGCAGUUAUUUAUCAUCAUUAUACUUUCGUCAUUAGAUGAUAAUGACAGGAACAUCUAUUAAAAUCAUACCAUGUAGUUGACAUAGUGAUCAAUUGAAAAUGUGUGUAAGCAGAUCUGCGGUCACUGUAAAGGUUGCACCCUAGUCUUCAACUCAUAUUUACUUUCUAGAUGUAGAUGAACACUAAAUGCUUGUAAACUUAACACCUGCUUUAAGCAUGUACAGAGUUGUCCAUACUUUAGUUGUUGUUAUUGCUCUUCACUUUAAGUGGUAGUUCAGUUGGUUAAAGUUUUACAGGGUUUUAUACUAAUUUUUGCUAUACACCCUUUUUUUAAAAUUUCAAUUUUCUGUUAUUUUGCAAAUAUUCCGUGAGUCCACCAAAUCAAAUAAAUUAAGUCUCUUAACAUUAAAAUCAAAAUAUAAAAAUUAACUUCUACUAAGAGAAAUAAGUUGCAUGUUAAACAGGCUUCUAUAAUUCAAAUAAAUAUUUUUUGUGCCCCUGGACAUUUUCAGAUAAUAAUUUCCAAAAUUUUUAGCAUUAAAUAGUUUGAUUUUUUAAAAUUAAAAUUAUUUAAAAUGUGCAUGUGGCAUGUCUGAUAUUUCAAGAACGCUAGAUGUUUUGUGUGUGUUUGACAUUUUAAACAACUCUUUUAUGUCAAUAUGAAGUUUUAACUGCAGUAAAAAUAAUUUCACUCAAUAGAUUUUUUAAAGAAAAGAAGCAUUUCUCAUAUAAAAGAUUCAAGUAUUGCUUAAUGCACUUUUUUUUCCACGCUUUAAAAAAAUGGGUUUAUAGUUACCGGUAACUGCAAUUAUUUUUUUUUCUGAAUCUCUAGUUUUACCUUUCUUUCAACAAAUGCUGCUAUCACUAUUCAUAUUUUAACACAUUUGAUUUUCUUAAUACAUACCCUAUCCUGCUGAACUUAAUUUGCACCUUUAAGUCAAUAUUAAUUUGUUCAAUUGUACAAUUAAAGCAAUUGAUAAUCAAGGUUAGUAACUAUCUUUCCAAGCACCUAGUGAAAUAAAGGGCUGUGUUGGUGAAUAUUUUUUUUACAUUUUCCUUGUAAUUUUGUUUUAUUUAUGUGAAUACAAUCAACUGAGAUAAAAUUAAGUUACAUAGUGUCAGGAAUAAUAAAUAAUCCAGCAUUAAAAAAAAUAAACUAAAGAUUUAAGUAAUGUUGGGUAAAUUUUAAUUCUUCAUAGCCAAAAUUAUGACUGCUUUUUUUUUUCCAGACCUUAUGUGCAACAUGGGAUAUGGUCGUAAGGAUAUUGAGGAAUCAUUAAAAAUGCAAAAGUACGAUGAUAUCCAUGCCACUUACCUUUUGUUGGGAAGACGAACAACAGACGUAAGUACUUUAGUAAGUGUCAUACUUUUUUGCUUAAUGUUUUCAUGGUUUAAGUGCCAUCUCAAAAGUUAUCUUUUUGUCAGAUAAAGAUAAUUUUAAAUAUCAUUUUAAGUUUUAGUGUUAUUGAUCUUGCGUAAAGUUUUCAUCAUAUUUUUAUAUAUACAUUAUUUCAGAGAAUGAUUUUAUUGGAUUUCCAUUUGGAUUUUUGAGAUGAUAAAAAUAUAUCUUAGAAAAUCAUUCUUCGUAGAAUGCUUAAUAUUGAAAACAUCUUAACCCUUGUUUUAUAACUCAAAAUUGUUUCCAGUGGUAACAUGCCUUUGAAGGGGAAGGAUAAAACUUUAAAUUGCUUCUUAGUGGUUAAUAAAUAAAUUUGAUUUUCUAAAAUACGAAUUGUUUCAUAUCAUCUUUGUUGUCUAAAAAUUUCUGAUGGUAUCCUAUUGUUUCAAUAGAAUCCAUAAAAGAAAAAUGAUUAAAAUAGUUGCUAACCUUAACAGAUACCUAAUCUGCUCAAUCUCAUACUAACAAAAUCACAUAAUUUUCAUCAUGGGCUUUAAUAACUGCUUUGCUCUCGAAUAAUAAUAAAAUUAAUAAUAAAAUGUUAAAACUUUAAAAAUUUAUUCAAUUUUUUAAAAUAUUUUCAUGUAUUAAGGCUUUUUAAAAUUUGCCAAUUAUUUAAUAAUCAUGAGCUUCAAAUGAUUAAUUUAAAUCAAUGUUUUGCUGAAAUUUCAACAAAGAUCAACUUACUCUGCUUUUCCCAGUCCCUAACUUUCAAUAAUUUGCUAACGAUUGCUAAACCAACAUAUCAUAUCUGAGCUUUUAAAGAUAAGGAAAAAGUAAGUAUUUUAUGGCAAAGACGAUAGCUUAUUCCACCUAAAUCAAUUCAGUAAUCGCCCAGUAAAAAAAUGGCUAUCUACUGAUUAGUGUAAUCAUAAGUUAUUAUUUUUUUUUUAAAAUCCUUUAUAUUAACUGCGCUUUUGUUUCAUGUGUGUUUCUUUCUGGGUGUGUGGCAAACUCUUCAGACAGCUAAUUGACUCAUUUCCCGUUAUCCUAUCUAGCUGAAACUUGGCACAUAGAGACUCACAUCCUGUCAAGUUUCAGCCCAACCACCAAAAAUAAGUUUUUCCCAUUUUUCAUGGGGGAGAUGAAAUAAAUUGAUUUCAUGCAAUAAAAUUCCAAAUGAGAUUAUUAAAAAUAUUGCAAGUGCGUUUGGGGCAAUAGUCUGUGUAAUAAAUCUGCCGUGUAAAAGAGGGUGGGACAUAGUUAUUUGUAGCUCAGCCGGUGUGAAAUAUGGGGGGGGGGGGGGGGGGGGGUGGACUUAUUGCGAUUCUUAAAAAAUGCGUUAUUUGAAUGCAUGUUUUGUCAAAUUUUCAGCCCCAACUCCCAAAUAAUUAUAUUUACCUUGCCCUUGUUCGAAUAAAAAAUGCAUCUAAAGGAUUUAUACGGAAAACUUUGUUUUUUUAAGGGUUGUAAAAUUAAACUCCACAUUAUAAUUUUAAAGGAUUAAAGUAAAGAAGUUUUUUUACACCAACAUUUUAUUAAAUAACUUUAACAAAAGUUUUAUGGUAAGAGAUUAUUAAUUUGGUAGAUAAGCAAUUAAGUCUCAGAUUAAAUUUUUAUUUCAUUCUUGGCUUGUGCAUAGUAAUUGAAACUUCGGAAGUGCCCUCACCAAACUUCCAAACAAUUUAUUUUGUUUUUCAAAAGAAUAACUUUAUUUAAACACACUAUUUUACCUAAAUUUCAUUUCUGAAAUUAAAUCAUCAAAAUUAUACUUUUUAAACUGUGUGUUAUAAAAUUUAACUGUGGUUGCAUUCUAGUACAUGUAGACUGCAAGUGAACAAAGUUAAGGAAAUGCUUAAAUAAAUACUAACAUUAAUAAAUUAGUAAUCUAUUGCACACUGUUCAAUUAACACACAAGCAUGUUUUUUUACUGUUUUCUUUUACAAUCUCUUCUGCAUCUAUGUGUCUAUAAGCAUCAUAACAGCAUGUGAUGUAUUGUCUCCCUUUCAGUUGGAAGGCAGUGACCGAUCAGGUAGCAACUUGUCUCUCCAGCAGAUUCGAGCUCCUUCAUCGCGGCCCCAUGACAACAACAGCUCAGGUCAAUCUCCCAACAAGGUGCCUCGCAGCCAGUCAGCCACCAGCAGCUCAAAUAAUCAGAAGCCAAGGAGAUACAGCCAGGGUGGUGAAAAUAAUGGCAAUGGUAGUAAUAAACGUUGGUGUUUUGUGACUGGACAUCACAUAUUUCAUUUAUUUCUUUUCAUAUGUAUAGUGUAACCAGCCAUGGUGCUAGUCUGUUACCUCUUUAUUUCAUGUCGUUAUUAUCACUUUCUCAUAUUUACGUGGUCACUUAACCAAAAUGAAGCAGAAACAUUGUUCCUGUAACCCAAUUAAGGGGCAACUUUAUCAAAAACACUUUGUACACUUAAAGUUUGCUUUUUAAAAUACUGCUUAAGCUUCUGUUCUUUAUUCCCAUUGACCAACAAAAAUCAUUGUUUUUUGCAUUUUAUCAUGUUCAUUACUGCAAACUUUACAUAUUUCUUGGGUUAAGUUGAAACUUAUUUUGUAACUUUUGGAAAACAAUUCCUUUAUCCUACAAUUAGGGAUGUUAUUUUCAUUUUUCUUUUAGUCUUCUUUUUAAAUUUUUAAAUCAGAUUUUUUUUUAAAGUAAUCAAUUUUUUGGGCCUUUAUUGUGGGCACUCCUUUACUGUUUUAGUGGCAAAUCUGCAAUAUCUGCUCAAUUCUGGUUUGUGUCGCAAUCUUCAAUGGAUGCUGAUUAUGUGAAUUUUAGAAAUGCACUUGGUACUUGUAAAUGGUUGCAAUCCAAUUAUUGUUCCAGAUCCUUAUGUUGGAUUGAUUGAAACUCAUUCAAUUGAAACUAUAAACUUGGCUGCAAUGACUUUUUUCCUGUGUCUGAUUUCUUUCUUUAUGAUGUUUUAGACUUAUGUCAUGUAUGAUUCUAAUUUUUCAUAUGUAUUGUUCUUCAUUCGUUUAUAAAUAAUUUGGGUGGGUUUUUUUUUUCAUUGUUGGGGCGUGGGGGUGUGUUUCUGCUAAAUUGUCGUCGGCUUUUAAUUGACUCUUAGUGAGAGUAUUAUAAAACUAAGUUCUUUUGAUGUUUCAGGGUUUUAUUUCUGACAGACAUUAAAAAAGAGAAUGUUAAUUUUCUAGGUUCAGGUAGUGUGAAUGCAUCUCAAACACAAUCAAAUUCAUCAAGAAGGCCAAACAUAGAACCUCCUGCCACAAAACAAAGUACUUUAGAAGAGAGAAUGGGAAAAGUUUCUGUAGGAAGUAGCAACAGUGGCACUCCUGUAGUGACUUCAGACUCUCCCAAGGUAAUGAUUUUAUUGAUUUUUGCUAUUAUUUUGAUUUUAGCAUUUUUAUUUUUUUUGCUGACAUACAUUUUAAUUUGUGUAGUGGUUUCAAUAAUCUCACGGGAGCUUACUGUUCAUUUGAAAUUAGGAAUUCUUGUUUUAAGUUGUUUCCUUAGUUGCCAACCCUUUUCCUUUUUUUUAAAAAGAAUUAUUAGAAAUCAUUUUGCUGAUUGUACGCCUUAAAAACACCUGCAGAAGAAAAUUGCUUAUGUUUAAUUUAACACCUUGGAACAGAAAUACAUUUGAAAAAUUUAAAAACAGAAUAAUUUGCUUGUGGCUUUCAUUUUCAAGACUAAUUAGAUCUCUAGAGAACAAAAAAGGGCAGUUCUGUGUCAGAAAAAAAUAUUAUUGAACUGAAAGGAAAUUGUUGGUGAAGAAAUCAGAGUGCUUUUUAGUGUGUUCAUUUCUGGAAAAACUGUGUUGUUUCCUAAUAUCUUUUUUGUAUGUUGCAUGUUUCUGUUAAAAAAUUCACCUAUAAAAUCACUAAAUAAUUCUUUCCUGAAUUGUUGAGGCACACCAUCUAACACAAAUUUUUUAGUAUGCAAAGUUCUGCAUUGUUUGUUUUUAAAAUCCAUAGUAGUUAGUUCAGUGGCAUGGAUAUUGACACAUAAACCGAUCUUUUCUUCUUGGUCUUGUUAUGGAUUUUUCAACAUUGUAGCUUAAAACAACACAUUCCAAAUUUGCUUUAAAUUUCGGCGCUUCCAAAAUUUGAAACAAAUACAUGUGUGAAAUGAAGCCUGCUUGUAUACUAAGAGUUGAUCAGUAUCCAAUGGUAUAUUAUAUGUCCUUCAAAUAUCAGGGAAAACAAAUACAUCAUAAAUAACACUGCAAAACAUUACACAAUACAUCCCAGCAUUAAAAUUUCAUGUCCACUUUUAGGAAACUUAAGUGUUACUUUAUCCUUGUAUCCCUUUACAUGGCCUGUCCGUUUCUCAGAUUGAAACUGGCAAGAGUACAGUCAACCAUUCUGACAGUACAGAAGCAGUUAGUUUGCUCAGCAAUAAACCCAAGAGCCCUUCCAAAAGCUCCAUAGAUUCUCCUAAGGUAUGGGGAAAACUCAUUUGGGAUGAGCGUGGAGCUCUGCUUUUGUUUCACUAUAAUUGGGCUUCAAGGUUUUGGCCACUUUUAAUGUAACAAGCAGAAUUCAUACUGUAAAUUGAUAACCAUAUAUAAUUUGUUUAUAAUCAUUCAUAGACAAUAUCUUAGAUAGCCUUUAGUAUUUUUUAUGUCGUUAAGAUGUUCAUCAACUUAUUGCUUAAAAAUUUUACGAUGCAGUUUUACUGAAAAUUUGUGAUAUUUUCAAAUCAGAAAACUUCACACACUUUAAAAAGGCACUAAAUUUGAAUGUAGUGUUCUUCAACUCUUAUGUCAUUACAAACUAAAUACUUCCAUUGAACAUUGAAAAGCAAUAAGUCUUAAAACUUCAAUACAUAAACAGCUAACAAACCUAUUCUAAAAUUUCAACAAAUGUUAAACCUUAUUAUUAAUAAAGCUUAGAUUGUUUGAAAAAAAAGUUCUUUUUAAAGUAUAUUUUAAAAGUUUUAAAUUGUGUGGCAGCUCUAAUAUAUGCAGGUGGUUGUGACCAAACAUAAUUUUGAAUAAAUACAAGGAUGUUGGGGAAAAACAUCAUAUACUUAAUGGAAAUAUGUCCAAAUAUCUAGAAUGCUUAAUCAUAUUCAAUGUAAUCCACAAUUUAAACUAUUAUUUGUUCACUAACUUCAUUUUAAUUGUUAUUUUAACAACUAAGCUAGAAUAUUUUUAUUACGUUCUAUCAAAUAAAUAAUAUAUGCUUAAAAAAUGCCUACAGCUUUAUGAAAGGUGUUAACAUAUUCCCAAAUCCCUUUCAGGGAGUGUAUGUGUGUAUAUAAAUAUAUAUUGAAGUGUUAAAAUGUCUUAGUCAAUGCUCUUGACAGAGAGACAACAGCUUUUUAAAAAAAAGUUUUGUGUAUUGAUCUAAUUAAAUUAUCAAUAUGUUACAACAGUGUUACAGCAUGAUAUUGGGUGCACAUUUUUAAUGUAAGAAAUGACAAUAAUAUAAAGUCUGCUUUGUGUUUUUUUAUUUAAAUUUAAUCAUAAUCAUGUGGACUCAAACUAAAUUUUCAGUGGCUUGGAUUUAAUUCAACCUCCUGAUUUUAUAACUUAAAUUAGCUCAAAUGACACAAUAUAAAAAAUUAGUCUCAUUUUAUAUGUUAUCCUUUAUAAUGAAUUUGCCCACGAGAUGAUUCAUUCCAAACUAUCAAAAUAUUGUACUAUCAAGUAAUAGAAACACUUAAAUCUUGGCGACAGGUAUUUCAAACAUUAAUAACUCAAUAAAUAGCAGGUUCAACUGUGUAUAUUUUCUUAUUAGAUGCAUGCCAGAAAAGGUUCAAAUCAUACCACCUCAUCAUCAAAAGAGAAUGCUGCCCCUUCCUCACGCUCAAAGACACCUCGGGGCUCAACAGAGGGCAUGAAGGUAUGGGGAUAAAAAAAAAAAAAGAACCUUCUCAUCCAUACGCCAACCUUACAGGAAUCCCUUGUAAAAUUGGAUAUCUGGGUCCCAGCCAAGUUACAGCACUUAACAAGCAUUCUCUUUUCUUAUCAAGCUGAUAGUCCAAAUACUGUGACAAAAUGGAGUCACAAAUUUGAAUGCUGCUACUAAUGAAUUACUUGUAUACUUAACUAUACUUAUAAUUAAAAAGUAGUUGACAUAACCUCAACUAAAUUACUUACAUAUCACUAAAUUUUAAACGAGUCCAUACUUUUUAAUUAAUAGCUCAUUCGCCUAUUUUAUAAACAAGUGGAAGCCUAUCAACUAUCAUUAAGGUUAUUUGUCUGUGAAAAGGUCCUCGCUACACAGAGGGAUUCCUGUAACAGAAUUUAACAGAUUUUAAACCUACUUUUAUUUUUUUUAAACUUACUCAUACACUUCCCAUUUAAUGAACAUCAAAUGCCCAUUAAUGAAUAUGGUCACACUUUUUUAUGGAUUUAUAAAUAUUAUUUAAUUUGAAUAAAAUGUCAACUUACAAUGUCCCUUUAUAAAACAUGAUAAUACAUGUAUUUUUGCUAAGAUUUAUACCAUCUCUAGGGGUUGGAAUAACACCAUGAACCCUGUUAAUGCAUUCACUACCUUAACAAUUACUGUGCUUGCCAAGAUCUUUUUUAACACUGCAUGUUAUUCAACAGUGGUUAUGGGUUACUAAUUUGUUGUUUUUUUUGCUUGCAUGUCAUUAAGCCGCACAUUUUUUCCGUUACGCUUAUGAGAGACCAAAUGAAAUAUUCUAAGACAAGACCAUUUUAUAUCCUCAUUUAAUUUUUGCACAUAAUAAUUUGAAAAGAGUUUUUAAAAUUAUAAAAAUAAUACAAAAUAAUUUUAAAGCAAUAAUAAAAUAUUAGACAUUUUGUUUAUCAAAUAUUUAAUUUUAUAUUUAUUUCUGCGAUAAAGUUUGGUAAGUUGAAAUAGAUUUUAGUAAUGCAAAGAGACCAUUUAAUUGAUCUUUUCAUGAAAUAACUUCAAAAAAUAUUUUGCUUCGAUAUAAGUAAAAUCAUUUUUACUCUUUUAAGGUGGAUAUUGUGUAACAUAAAUAUUUUAUGAAUGACUUACCUUAUGUGUUGAAAAAUAUUGGCUAUGUAAACUCUUAUCUUUUAUUACCUAGAUCACUGGACAGACUGCAAUAAGGGCAACAAUGCCCACCAGAAAGAGUAAUCACUCAGGCUCUGCAUCAUCGUCCUCAGCAACUCCUAAAACUAUCAUGAGUCAUAGUCAUAGUACAGGCAUUCCUCGUCGGAGUACAUUCAGUCCUGGAGACAACAGGGCCCAGACACCAUCAGACAAGCCAAGACCAACAAAUGGUCAGGACACCCGCAGGUUAGACAAGUUAAAAGUUAAUACAAAUGAGAUAUAAUACUAUUUUAUUUUGCAUUUUAAAAAAAGAUAGUUCACAGAGUAAUUUGUUUAAAUUGAGAAGAUGUCUUUUCAUUCUUAAAUAAUCUUGGUCGGAAAUAAUUUUUUUAUAUUAAGUUAUGUGCAAUCAUACAAUUAAAAAUAGAAAAAUAAAUAAAAGUUUUAAUAAUUUUUGUCUGUGAAAACCAGCAAUUCAAGCUCUACACCUACUGAAGUUCCAACCAGCACAAGUUCAACUCCCAACCCAUCAAUUACUCGACCCAAGGGGCACUCAAAGUCUAACAGCAUGUCUCAGUCAGCACGAGCUAAUGAGUUGCCUGUUAGUAUAACAGAUGGGGACCAGAGACCUACGUAUGUUAUGUGUUGUCUCCUACAUUAUUAAGGCUUCAUUGGUUAUAUUUUUAAUAGCUAGUGGUAUACUGACAAAAUGUAAUUUCUUGUAAUGUUACUAUUUGUACUUUUUAAGACAUUAAUUUAUUUCUAUAACAUAACUUUUAAAUCAUAUUCAGUUGGACUAAGGAUCAUCCAGUAAAAUAAUAAAACUACUAAGAAGAAGAGCUCACAUAAAAUCAAAAGUAAAAGUGAUACUUACAUUAUUUAAGACAGAGAUGUUUUCAUAAUGAAAUAUUACAAAUAAAUUGUAUAUUUAAUAAUAGGACUGCCCCAGGAAAGACUCCAGCCAUCUCUCCCGGAGUUAAACAGAAUUUAACUCGUGGUACACAGGCAAGAAACACAUUCCAUGGUCGUGAUGCAAGGAAACAAGUGGUAAAUCCUUACAAUGGGCCUGGCGGUAUGUCCCAACAUCCUACAGACUCCACCAACAUACCUGGGCAGCGCCCAUCAUUUUUCAACAGAAUCACAUCUAAGUUCAGUCGAAGGUGAGUACUUCUUACAAAAAUGAUUUUUUUUUUUACUUUAUUUAUAAUUUUAAUAAUAGGCUUUAAUAUUCUAUGAGAAAUUCAAUGUUUGAGGAGUCCUCACUUUUAUAAUUUCUUCAUUACACUUUUCUUCAUAACAGUAUAGACUGAUUACUUUUAAUUUUAAAACCCAUAAACUGAAGGGUGAUUAGUUGUUUUUUUUUUUGGCAAACUGAUUAUGGGUUUAAAAAAUUUAAAUAUGAAAUGAAAAUAAAUUAAUUUAAAAAAAUAAUAAAAUUUAGGGGUUGGUAUUUCCAUUGGUUGUGACUUUGCAUUCAUCUCUGAGAUUUCAAAAUCCGCUGUAAGUAUUUGUCACAUUUGCAGAGAUUUCCUUGAUUUACUGCCAGCUUGACUUUAAAAGAUAAUGUGAAAUAGUGCUCCAUUUUGUUUAUGUAUAUGUAUCGUGGACCUCACAGGAAAAUUUUAUAUAUGAAUAUAGCAACUUGCACACAAAAUCUUAAUUUUGCUAAGGUGAACCUGUUAAAAAAUUUGAGUUUUUUAAAAAUUCCUUUUAAAAUACUUCAAAAUAUAAAAAAAAUGAUUUUGUUUAUUUAUGAUUUUUAAAAACCUGUAUCAGGAAACUCCUGGAUUAUCCUUGGAAUCAAUGCAAUAUCUUCAAAAGCUGGGGAAAAACAUUGUUUUGCAGUGAAUGUCUUAAAUUAAAGAAAAUUAUGACCCGGACCAGCAAUUCUCAUUUAACUUCUUUCAAAAUAUUAAAUAAAAGCUGAAGUAUCUAGUAUCAGAUGAAUUCCAACUCCACCUCUGACAAACUGUGACAUUUAUUUAAGCAGAUUAAAACUCUCCAAACUUAAAUAUUUUUUUGUCAUGUCCUCGUAAAAGUUAAUAAAGAGUAAGAUAAAGAUUCAGUUAAUGUGAAAAUAUUCCCAUUUAGUAAUUAGAAGAAUUAGAAGUUAACUGCUCAGAAACUCUUGGGCAUGAUUAAAUGUAAAUGUUUUCAGGAUUUUUCUGUUACACAAGAAAAUAUGAAAAUUAAACAUAUUUGCACAACAAAAUUUCAAUUAAUCAAUAAGAAAUAGGCAACAUUUUCGGACAUGACAGAGUAAAUAAAUUUUAAUCCCAUUUAAAAAAAAUUUUAAAAUUCAAAUAACAUGUUAUGAGUUGAUUUUGUUUUUGUGAUGUUUAAAUUAAUUGCAUAACAUAUGUAUUUUGUUCUUAAUGAAUUACUGCAUGAAUAUAAUUUGCACAAUUCCUAUAAUUAAUGAAAAUUAAUUCUAAAUAUUAAAGUUUGUGCUUUAAAAUAGUUUCCCAAAUGUUAAUUAUCAUAUGUUAGUUUGACGAUGAAUGCCGUAGUUGUAGUAUAUCUUUUCAGGAUAAAAUAUUGUCUUUAUUGAGAGUUUUUUCCCCUUAAGAACUCAAGUUAGAAUUGAAAUUUAUCUCCAGGAAUAUGUUGAUAAUUUUCUGUUAAGUGAUAUUUUCUUUGCUCCUCAUCUAUCUUACUCAGUCCUGGAAUGAGGUAUUUAUUGCUGUUGUUAUCCCGCUUUAAAUAUCUGUGUAAUUUUAUUCUUAUUGAGGCUUUUAGAGGUCUCUUACAUUAAGUGUUAUUAUCUUCAGCAAAGUGAAGAUUACUUGUAAUUGUUCAUCAUCUAAGAUUUCAAUAUUUGUAGCAUUUAGUCACCUUUCCAUUUCCCUUUUAUGUUGGUUAUUUGUACUCAACUUCCUAGUCAUUGGCUUGGUUAUUUUAAUGUCUACAGUUUUUUCUAUUUGUUUAUAUUUUUCCAAUUCGAUGUUGGAAAACAAAAAAUCUAGGGAGCUUUUAUGAAAGCUUUUAGCCUUUCAAGGAAUCUUUUUCAGAGUUGGACAUUAUUAUUACCUUAUUACAUUGAAACUAUUAAUAUAUUAGUAAGCAGCAACAAAAAUAUUGGUCAUCUUAUGACAGGAUUACCAUUCACGUUUCCUUUUAAAAAAUGUAUUCAUUAAAUUUUUUUACACAUAACCCUUACCCCAAGCUGUGAGAGUUACUUAGAUUUUAUUAAGAAUACAGUCGAACCCUGAUAUGUCGAUGUUUGUGAAGUGGAACUGUCAAAUUCUCUCUUGGUAUUAGCAUUUUCUCCUCGUUUAUGUUGAUUCUUUUAUGUCGCCGAACCCUGAUAUCUCGAGCACAAAAGGCGGCCAUAUUUGCCACUUAACAUCGGUUAUCUCGAUUCCCAUGACCAGGCCUGCAAAACUCAAAAUCUAAGGCGGGGCAUAAUAAUUCAUGAAAAAUUUGUGCGGGCCAAAAGAAAAUAGGACAGUACUUGUCCUAGCCAAAAGAAAAUAGGAAAGGGGGGAGGGUGGGGGGAAUCCAUUAAGAAAAUAAUAAGAAUAAAGAAUAUUUUGUUACUUCGCGGGCCGCAAAGUGGGUGUUGGCGGGCCACUAAGUGGGUGUUGGUGGGCCGCGCCGUAUGUUGUUCAGGCCUGCCCAUAACUAAUCGCUGGCUUUUGAACUCCGCAAGGAGAAAUAGCAAACAAAUUAACAAGUUUUUCAUAAUUAAAAAUAAUUUAUUUCUCAAAAUACAGGACUUGUGUGUUUUAGAAUGAAUAUAGAAUUAAUUUAAAUAAAUCUAUUUUAAUUCGAGGUUGAAAAACACGGUUGAGUCCAUAUUAUAAAUGAUCAUGGGCAGCCAUUCACGGUCACUUGCAUUACGGCUAUGCCGUGUUAUGCCGUGUUACUAUGUUAGAGUUUCAUUCACAAGAGUUUGCCAUGUGCAAAAGCUAUUAAACCAUUGGUCAGGGAAAGCUUUAAUUAAAUAGUCAUGUGCCAAAAUUGAAAGUUCAAAAUAAGUAGUCCCUAGUGUUUUAGUAAUAAGGGGAUGCGUUGCCUUAUAUAAACUAUAUAGUUAUUGCGCAAGACACGAUCAGCAAUGUCGAAGCUUCGUCCAUAGUAGAAAUAACAACAAACUCAUACUUCAAAAUUCUUAGCUCAAAAAGUAGUAAAGUUAAAAAGUAGGUUCUGUUUGGUUUUUUUAAUUUGAAAUUUGCUCUAAAUAACUAAUUUUAUUGAUGCACAUCAUGUACUUAAAGAAAUUUCAAGCACAUGUUAAUAUUUUGUCCCCAUAUUGGUUUUCGAUUAUCUCGAUCAUCGGUUAUCUCGAUGCUUUUCGGCAAACCCCGAGGCCGUCUACCAAAUGAGAAGCAAACAAAAACUCAACAAAUUAACAUAUUUCACUUGAUAGCUAAAGGAAAGGGCCAAGUUAACAAACAUGCAUAUCUUAAAACAUUUCAAAGAGAUAAUUUUGCACUUUCAAAUUUUUUAUUUAAUUUAUUAUUUUAUUACAUUAUAUUUUUUUGGUUGCCCUUUUUAUUCCUAUUCAAACCUAACCAAAACACAGUACAUUAUUCUCAUACUUCAUCUACAAUCCUCUGGUAACAAAACUGUGUCAUAACUCAUUAAAUUGGUCCGUCAUGUAUUAUAUUGACUUUAAAAAAAUUAAGAAUCUUAUUUACCCCAUUUAUACAUUUAGUAUAUUAUAAAAUUAUAUUUAUUGAUAGUAACUAACUCUUCACUGCUGAAAUAUUCUUAACUAGGGCUUUACUGGGUGCAUUUUUUUAAACCGGGUCCGGGUUUUUUGAGAAAUAGGCCUACAGUCUACCUAUCUACCAGCCUUUAAAACAAUAGUCAUACAGACAGUCCUACACCAUACCCUCCUACCCUCGGCCUUUUAUUGAUUAAUAUAAUAGUGGUAUCCCACUAAAGAAGUUCUUUUUAACCUGAGUUCACAAGUCAUGCAUGAGAGCCUUUUUUCCAUCUACCCCCCCCCCCCUUUCUUUUUUUUCUCCAUCCCUUUUGCCUGUUAGGUUUGGAAAUAGGCAAAUAUUUCACUUGAAUAGAGUUGUGGCCUUUUAUUGAUUAAUAUAAUAGGGGUAUCCCACUAAAGAAGUUCUUUUUAACCUGAGUUCACAAGUCAUGCAUGAGAGCCUUUUUUCCAUCUACCCCCCCCCCCUUUCUUUUUUUUCUCCAUCCCUUUUGCCUGUUAGGUUUGGAAAUAGGCAAAUAUUUCACUUGAAUAGAGUUGCUUUUGCUCCAUAUGAAUUUACUACUUCUGAUUUAAUAAGCUGAUGUUUUUGAGUUCAGCAAUUAGAAAAAUAUUGGUUGCCUUUGAAAAAUUCAAAUAGUUUCUCAAAGCCCUUCAGACAAUUGCCUUGCCUUUUGAUAGCCAACAAAGUUAUGAAGUAGCAAACAUUCUAAAAUGGUCCACCAUGGAGACUGCAUACUUUUAUUGUAUUUACUUUAAUUAUGCCAGUGAUAAAUGGCUCAUGCAUGACAUCACCAUCACAACAACCAGAUGUCAAUAAUGCAUAAUGCAAUGAAUUGCACAGUUUUUUUUAACAAACAAGAUAUGGUAACAUCCAGUAGUUAUUAAAAUUCAAACGUAGCACCAUCGGCGUACAUAUAUAAUUUAUAUUUGAAAAAUCAAAUGACUGUGUUGUCUGAAUUUUUUUUUUACAUUAAUUUGGUCUAUUUUUCAAUAAAGAUGAUCAAAAUAGUCAUCUUUAUAUAUCAAUUUGAAUUUCAAAAAUUGUUUCAUAUUUAAUUCACCACCCACCCCACUCCCAAACUUACAUCCACAGCCUUCUAGUACUGUCCACUUCGAUAACCACUAUUCUAAAUUAUUAUAGACAAAUAGUUUUAUUCAACCAUUACAUUCAAUCAAAAGUACUUUUUAAAAAAUUUAAUUCAUUUUUAACCUUUCUAGUAUAAUUUUGUUUACAUUUUUUUCAUUAUUUUUUUAUGUAAUUAAGUUUUCAGGUACAAAAUAAAGACAAAAAUGACGAAAUUAAAUAUUGAAUUUUAAAAAUAUGUCAAGGCAAUGCUCAAAUAAAUUGUUCAGAAAAUUUAAAUAUUUAACUCUUUCCUUCCGGAAUGAUUUUCCAAAUUCUGACGGAAUUAUCUAUUUUGCGUUUUUGUUGCGCACUACUAUGUUGUCUCUAAACCUUCAUAACUUUUUUGUUUUUCAUCAGAAAGUGCUAAGUUUGGUAUGGAAUUAAAGGGGAAUGCAUGUUUUUUACAGACAAUACAGACUUAGUUUUAAAUUGUAAUAAAUAUAUGUGGUUUUGAUUUAUGGAAAAUAAAAAUUGUUUAAACUUGGCGAAUUUUCGCUAAGCGCUCAUUCCAAGUCACACAAAGAGAAAUAUGUAAUCCAAAGUUUAACAAAAAUUUAAUUUUUUUCUGAACUAUAUCCAUAUGUGCAUCAAAAAUAAUAAAGAUCAACUUUAAAAAAAAUAACACCAGAGCACAUCCAUUGUCACCAUCACACACAAUUUUGCGAGAAAAAAAAUGUAACUAUUUCCACUGGAAACAAUUUGUUGCUAUUAUAAAAUAUUUGCACUGUAUUCUUGUAUGUACUAACAUUUAUUAUGGUAAAUGGAACAUUUGCCAUACAUUUAUCAUAUCUUUUCAUCUGGGUUUAGCUAUGGUAAUUAUAAAAAAACAAUGCAUAUUGAUGUGCACUUUAGCUGGGGGCGGGGCUGGUUGUUCAUCAGCUGAUGAAUUACCAAUUUCAUUAUUUUGUCACUAGUACUACUAAUACUAGUACUAGGAUUAUAAUCAUACUAUUCAACAGAAUCAGCUUCUAUAUUUGAAAUCAUAAAAUCACUGUCUGAAUCAUCAUCGGAUUAAUAUUUUCAACCUUUAUUAGAUCGAUCACAAGAUGGGUCAAGUCAAGAUUUCAUGUUUGUCAACAAAUAUAAAAUGGACAAUGUAAACAACCACUUCAAACACUUCGAUCUUUGCAAAACCUCUUUCAAACACUGAAAAACCAGACGUUUAUACAAAGGGAAAUCAUUCUAGAAUUUAUUUAAAAUAACUAAAAACCAAUAGCUAAGAAAAGAACCGAAAUAAACAGGUUUUUAUACAUCGACUAUGGGAGCGUUGACCCGGAGGGAAAGAGUUAAGUGUAAAAAAAAUGUGUGCAAUUAUUGAUUUUCAUCAUCCCCCAACUCUUCUGCAUUUUAUUUUGUUGGAUUUCACUUCGUUUCCCAAAGCAAGACAAGCAAAAUUAAUAAAUUAUAUUAUUGUUUUCAUAUCUAAAUUAAGCUGGUUACCUUUUAUUCUUGAUUGUGUUAUAAAUGAAUCAAUAUUUUAACCUCUCUAUGUCAAUAAAUUAUGACUUUUAUAUACAGUCUCACUUUAAUGUUACCUUAAAAACAUACAUUUUAUACCAUUUAUAUAUUUUUGGGCGUUAUUCCAGCAAAAAGUUGCCAAAUUUUUGUUUCUAUAUAGGGCCAAAGGCAAAAAGAAAAGUAAAUUUGUUUGAUUCCAAUAAUUAAUUAUUUGUAAUGUUGUAUUACAAUAGUAAAGUAACAAGUUCUACCAUUUCAGAAAGCAGCAAAUAUUGUAUGCUUGCAUGAUAUGCUAUUUCCACUUUACUAUACAUGUAAAAGGAACAUUUAUUCAAUCAGCAUCAGAGUAACAGCUUAUCCUCUCUCAAAAUUCUUAAUUUGAAGGGGGAACAAUUUUCUGAAAAUACAUUUUACAAAGUUUAUUAUCCAACAGGGCUGUGUCUCUACAUUAUAAACUUUUUUUUUUACCCAUGAUAGUUUAAAUAUUGUAAUUUUUUACCAUUUACUGAUACCUUGAAGUGCACCUCAGGCCCCUGGUUGAGAACCUCUGCUUUACUCUCAUUUAGUCUUAUCAUUUUUUUUUAAAUCUUUAAAACUGCAUUUUAUUUGCUCCUUUUGUGUGUUUUAGAGAUAUUAAAAUUAUUGUACACACGCAUGAUAAAAGUUACACAUUACAAAUUAGGGCUGUGUUAAUCUAUAUAUUUUCUGUCCCUCCAUGCCCCCUCUUAGUGGUGAUAUCCAUAGCCAUUUUUUUUACUAGCAUGGUUUUGUUCUUAAAAUUCUGUUAAAUAACAAAUAACAUAGAAAUUGUCAAAUGUUGCUUCUCUACCUCCACUCACUUGAUGUCUUUCUCUUUCCCCCAAUGCCAACUAUUAAAUUUCAGACCUGAUGGUGGAUUGCAGAGCUCCUCUCCCCAUGCAUAUGCCAGCGGGAGGGCCUCGGCCCUGUCACCGUGAGUACUUGAGCAAAUUAAAAUCUUUCCCAAGAACUGAUCAGCUGAUCCCAUUCAGAAGCUGGCAUUUAUGAAGCUGUCAACCUGCCUUCAAUCUAUUUUUCUGAAUCUCAUACACUUUUGCACCCUGCAUUUUGCAAAGAUCUGAAAAGGAUAAUGUCACUUUAAGUUUUAAAAAGAACUUUUAUUGUCCCAUUGUAAUUAUUUUAAAAUCUUAUUAAAGUUUUUAUGUUUUAAGUUUGCUCAAAUUAAAAGUAAGUUGACAUUUAUAAGUUGAUGUGUUUCAGCAUGUUUAAUACUAGAUCUCAUUUGGUUAACUGCAUUUGUAUUCAGCACAGUUAAUAAAUUAUGAAGUUUUUAAACACUAUAAGUAAUAUAUUAUUAUAGUAUGUAUACACAUAAUUAAACAGUAAUAUUGUUUUACUUUUUAUUUGAAUAAAUAUGCAGUGACACUCUUUUUUUUUAUUUGUUGCUUUUGGCUGCCUUACUAAUUGUAUGCUUGCUUUUACAUACACCCAACCCCCUUUUAAACUAUUAGGCACUGUGUUAAUCAUUAGAAAGUUCUGUUAACAUGCUCUUGCUUAUACAAUUGUAGUCGACUUUCAGGUGUCCAUAUGUUUGUUUUACAUGAGAGGCUCAAUCAUUGGUUUUGCAGUGAGCUUCAAAAGUUAUAUCAUUGAGCUUUUUUCCUUUAUUUUGAGGGAUGGAUAAUGCUAAUGACUUUGCCUUUUUCAGCUUUCUCGUUUCUGUUCAGAGAUUAUCGGUACUGCAAUUCGAACUUGUCCUUUAUUAUAUAUUUACACAUAGACUUAUGCACUGUCAUAUUACUUAAGCAUUUGAUUUUGAUUUAUCAUUCCCAUUCUUGUAUUAGGAACUUAAGGAAAACAAAGAUAUUUUAUUAGAUCUGCCUUUAGUUCAUGUUCAGAUCUACCAACUAUUCACAAACUCAUAUUCAUCUAGUCAACAUUCUCAAGCAUAGAGUAGGCUUAAGUUUUGCCACAAAUGCAUCAGAUUUAUUUUUUCUUAAAUGGCCAUUAUUAUUUUUGUGUGUUAUAUUUAUCAAAGAAUAGUGUUGAAGACCAUGAGUCCCUUUAAAAAAUGAAUAUGCUUUUUAGAAAGACUUGAUAUCCUGCUUUGUAAACAUAGAUCUAGAAAGAUUGUCUUGUUUUUCAUCACUACCCAUGUCCUCUACCAUGUCUUUCAUAUUGUUUAUAGAUCCUUGAAAAGUCCUAAACAUAUCUUUUUUUUUUUUCCAUAGCUUUUGUUCCCAUUAUUAUUAGAUUGAUUUCUUUUACUGGUCCACUGCUUCAGCUUCACGCUUGGUUCGGGUGUCACUGCCAAUAGCUGUUUUUGUUUCUAAUUUGCAGCCACGUUUUUCGCAGGUCAAUGUCGGGGGAAACUCGGGACCCCGAAGGGGUUAAACCCAGAUCACUUCGUUUCACUUGGAGCAUGAAAACCACUAGUGCUAUGGACCCUAAUGAUAUGAUGAAAGAGAUCAGGAAGGUAUAAUUUUAUCCUCUGCUUUUACUUUUUCAUUUUUGAAUAAAGGCAAGAUAGAUUUAUUAUAUGCUUUAUUACAUGAAUAGACAAAUUUUAUAAAAAAAAACAAAUUUGAAUCUUGGUAGUUUUUGAAGAAUUGCAAAGUUUCUGAAGAAUUGCAACAAAAUGAAAUAUAUAGAUCUCUUGAUGCCUCUGUAACUUAAAUUAUACAGGGGUCGUUUGCAAAUUAUGUCACGCACCCUGUCACAAACCCCCCUCUCCCCUAGUGUCAUGUCACACCUAAAAAAAUUCAAAACAUACAUACCAUUUUCAUCAUUGAACUAUGUAUUUAUUUUAUUCUUUAACAUUUUCCCAUAAUGUUGUAUUUAGAAAACUAUGGCGUAAAACGCAAAACAACGAAAUCAUUCCUAAGCCGAAUGUAAAAUAGACACAACAGUUUUUGCUUCAGUUUUCGUUAUGUGCAGAAGUUGUGGCGACCGAGUUUCAUGGUACCUCAUAUACCUGAGUUAAUUUCAACCUCAAAAUAAUGCUUUUAAAAUUAAUUGAAUAAAGAUUUUUCAAAAUUAGACAAUUUUAGAUUAAAUUUUUUUGUGACGUCACAAAUUUUGUACCUCCCGUCACAAAGUGUCACAAAUUCCCAACACCUCUUCCACCCCUGAGCGUGACGUAAUUUGGGAACGAUCCCAUAAGAAGGGGUUGAAAGAAUCGUGACAAGAAGAAACUACCUAAGAUAACUGGCAACAUUGUAAUAAUUUGAUGGUUUGCCUUCUUGUGGAAAUGACUUUUUCAACAACCCGCCUUCAUAACUAUUUUUUAUGGGAUAUAUUUAGAUUUAAAACAUUUUCAAUAUAUGGGAAAACAUUGUAUCGGGAACUUACCGUACGGCUUUAUUUUUAGGUCAUAGCUUGGACAGUUAUAUUUGAAUGUGUAUCUGACAGUGGUCUUUCUUCUUCUUCUCAGGUUCUAGAUGUCAAUAAUUGUGACUAUGAACAAAGGGAACGCUUCCUUUUGUUAUGUGUACAUGGUGAUCCCAACACCGACAGUCUUGUUCAAUGGGAGAUGGAAGUUUGCAAACUGCCUCGUUUGUCGCUCAAUGGAGUCCGUUUCAAGCGCAUAUCAGGAACUUCAAUAGGAUUCAAGAACAUUGCAUCCAAAAUAGCAAACGAGUUAAAACUUUAACAAUUUUUAGCUUCUUAAUUCCUCUUAUUUAUGACUGUGGCAAAUAGAUUUAUAAAAUUUUCUUUUAUUGAAUAGUAGGGAAGAAGAGGGCUGUAUCAUAGAACUUUUUAGUUAACCUUAGAUAUGACUACUCAGGUUUAAUUCAUCAUUUCUUAAAUUUUUGUUGUUGUUUAUUUAAAUCAGGAGUUGCUUUAACCCUCUUGAGGCGUCUGGGCCGAUCUAUCAACCCAAAGUCAAAUGGUCGAUCUAUCCCCCAUAAUAAGAGCUUCGAGAUUGCUUGGUUGGUCUUUGCACCAACUAAUCAGAUUCCUUCUCACAUUUCUUGCUCAGCUUGCCAUUUUAUUGUCGGUUUCCAUUGACAUUAUGGUGUUAUAUUUAUUUUACCUAGUGACCCCUAUAAAUGCUUUAAAAAUAUGUGACCUUGAAAUAUGCCAAAAGGCAUAAGCAGGCCCAGGGGAAUAAUUUAUGCAGUUUUUCCCAUUAAAUCUCAUUAAAAUUUUUGUUAAGUCUCAUGUAGUCUUCAACAAUCAUAACAUUUUUUUAAAUUCUCGAAUUAAGACAUGUUCAUUCUAAGUGUAAAAUAAAAAAUUGCAUUUAUAAAUCAUGCAAAUCAGGAUAUCUCAUUUCUAUAAAUGUAGAGAUUUCAGUUUGAUUCAUAAAGAUCGAAUUUGUUCAUUCAAUCCUUACGACAGGCCUGCACAACAUAUGGCCAGCAAAGUAACGAAAUAUUCUUUAUUCUUCUUAUUUUUUUUAAUAGCUUUCCCCUCCUGUCCUAUUUUCUUUUGGCCCGCACAAGUCCUGUCCUAUUAUUUUUUUUUGCCCGCAUGCGAUUUUCAUAAGAAUUACGGCCCGCCUUACAUUUUGAGUUGUGCAGGCCUGCCCUACAAGAAUAUAGUUUUAUAUUUGUAAUUAGUUUAUUUUUAUACAUUUUUUUGCAAAGUGCAGGGUUUGUGAAAAGGCUGCAUCUGCUUGGCACUGUCUAAAAAUGAUUUCCCUCAAGAGGAUUAAAGCAAUAUAAUUACUUCUGCUUUCCUAACUUCUAAUUUUUGAGAACCAAUUUGAAGAAUUAAAUUUGUACCUUCUUUAUUUGGGCCACUACGUGCAAGUAGAUUGUUCUAAGAGAAAAUGUACAUGAAAUAUAGACUUUCAAGUACACUACAGAUAAAUAUUAAUUAGCUUUUUAAAUGGACUGACGAGGUAUUCAUUCAUAAUAGAACAGCAGUUGUUUCCUUCUUGCUGUUAACAUGACUAUUGUGGGAUUACAAUCUCACAAUACCAAUAUAUAAAUUAGAUAAAGAAGAGAUCUUUGAUACAGUUUUAAUGUCCAUGACUGUCCACUAAAAUAAAAAAAAAAAAAGCUAAUAUUAUCAGUAGUUUUUCUAAUGAAUAAAACACUUUCUAUCCAUGGCAUGGUUUUCCUUCUUGCUGUUAAAAUGACUAUUGUGGGAUUACAAUCUCACAAUACCAAUAUAUAAAUUAAAUAAAGAAGAGAUCUUUGAUACAGUUUUAAUGUCCAUGACUGUCCACUAAAAUAAAAAAAAAAAAAAGCUAAUAUUAUCAGUAGUUUUUCUAAUGAAUAAAACACUUUCUAUCCAUGGCAUGGUUUCAUAUUUAAACAAUAUUUUUAAUAUAGUUAUCCCAAUCUACUGCCAUGAUUUUCAAAUACUUUCACUGAUUAAUGAUUGCUGUUUAGUCCAUCAUAUUUUAAAAAUAUUUACUAGGCCGAAUUUGGUAGAUCCCAGGUCAAAUGAAUUUUAUGUCAUCCUUAAAAGCUACAACAUUUGUCAUCUUUUCUUUUUCUAGAUUAGAUGGCUUUAAUGAUGUUGCUUGAGAUGAGGCCUGUGAUGGAAACAGUCAGUGCCUACUGUUGGGGCUACUUCAGUUUUAGCAUUAAAUUAAAAAUGGUGGACUUAAGCUGACGGAAGGACAAAAAUUAUACAAACAUUUAAUUUAACUGUAUGCCAUCUGAACAUUUAACGGCUGUGACAUUUUAAAGCAUUCUUGGAUUGUUGUUAUUCAAACAAAAUGUUUAAGAUAAAAGAAAAGUGACCUGUAGCGAGGCAUCAGAGCUUAAGAGGAGCAAUAUUCCACAGAAAUAUGCAAACACUUGUCAAAUUCAUUAUCGGUUUUUGGAUGGAGUUAUAAUUUCUCACCACAAACUACAAAAUAUUCUAAGGAAACUGUCACUCAUGCUGUAUCUAUCUUGCCUUGAUAAUUAGAUAUUAUCAGAAUAAAGAUUAUUCUCAUAAAUUUUACAGGACAUGGUUGAUAUUUUAAAUCAAAGUAGAUCACUUAAAACUUCAGGAGAUUUUUUUUUAUUACUAAUGAAAAAAAUAUAGGUUUAGCAAUAAUUUAUAUUGGUGGUCAAAUGAUAGUUAAUGAAAUUCAUCUUUGUGUGGUGUUUUUGGACAAAUAAUAUAUUGAUGUGAAGUCUAUGGGUAAUGAAGAGUAAUUCAUUUUGACCAAUAUUUGAUCAAAAACUGCCAAAUUUUAAUGAGAUAUUUUUUCAUUGGGUCUGUCCUUUCUGAAAUUCUAGCUUCUUUCUUGGCAUCUGUGAUUAAUGUGCAUUUUUUCCAUGAGCUUGAUUGCCAACAUGCUAGAUCAAGGGUCCUCAAACUGUUUAAACAAAUGGGCCAGAACAGUGUGUCUCAUACACUGUCGUAGGCUGGGCUAUAGUUGGAAAAAAAUAUGAACAAAUUCUUACUCUAUGCACACUGCACAUAUUUCAUUUGUAUUGAAAAAAUAAUAAAAAGUAAAGUUUUUAAAUAAAAAAUAUAUCCGACAUAAACUUAAUAGUAUUUAAAGGGGGCGUGAGGACCUGCUUUUGGCUAAUGAGAUUAUCCAUUUUCAGUUCCAUAUUUGUAGCUUUUGACAAGGUACUUUAAUGGCAGUCCAGAUUUAGGACCCUUGUGCUAGAUUAAAGAUGUGUUUGAGGACCCCUGUGCUAGAUUAAAGAAGUGACUUGUUAAGAGUUAAACUUUUAGUGCACAUUUUUUUGGAUUUUUGAAUUUACACUGUGUUGUAAGCCAAUCUGAGAUGGUUUGUUCAAACCAAUGAAAUGUUACAUGUUCAUGUAUUGUAAAACCUACACCUUUGGGAGCUGUUUUUUUCCUUCACUUUUCUUUUUACUUGACAUUUUGUAUUUUGAUACAUUUGAACCUAUGUAAAUUUUGUACAAAGAAAGACAAUUAUUUCUCAUUGUACAGCUCUGAAACAACAAAAUUUAGAAUUGGUUGCAAUGUUUGAAGUUAAAUGUCAGGUUUGUAUCUUUGUCUUUUUUGUACUCUGUUGGUUCGACCUGUGAGUGUUAAUAGAUGCGUUAUUGCCAGCAUUGUACACAUAAGAAAUGUUUUGAUGGAUGUGAUAUGGUGACGCCUGUCUUGAUUUGCCUUGUCUACUCUUUGAACAACAUUCACUGCUAAAUUAAUCCUAUUUCUAAGCCCAAUAAAUGCACAGCAACCAUGUAUCGGUGAAUAGUUCAAGAGCUGUACGUUAACUCAAAUAUCUGACAUGGUUCUAAAGUAAAGGCAUUUAUUGAAUAUUGUGUUAUGAAUUAUAAUAAUUAACCUUAAAAAAUGAUAAAAGAACGAACUUGAAUGGAACAUCUACUGUAAACAUCAAAUCCGUAAUGUGCGCCAUUUCCCUUACUGUAACGGAAAAGCUUGAUAUGUACCUGUUCAGUAGUUGUCAGAGGAUCAAUUUGACCACUAAUUUGGAAUAUGCAAUCCUUUGGAGAGAAUAGAGCUAUUAUAUUUAGUGUUGAAGAGUCCUGUAUGUGGUGACUUGCAAGAGUCGUCUGUAAGUGCUAUGAAGUUGAGAACUUGGUCUAAAGAACAAAUAAACUCUGGUAAAUGAAUGAAAGCGCCAUUGUUGACCUGUAAACUUAUGUUCUCUUGUUUGUGUGCACUCAAUAUAAGUUCUGUGAGACUGGUACAGAUUGUUAAAUGAUACGCAUUAAAAUGCUUUUGUACAAAACUGACACAGCCCUUAUCUGCAAUUAUAUGCAUUAAUUGUGAUGGUCUUAAAUUUACACUGAAGUUCCAUGGCAAAGAACUACAAGCUGGGUUCAUUUAUAUAAAAAAUGUUUGAAUGUCUUGUACAAUUUGCACUUGUGUGAGUGAGUGACCUUUUCUUGUACAGUUAAUUACUAGAGGUCAUUCAACAAAUUGCUAGGAUCACUUCAAACAUUUAGAAUUAUCAUAGUUCAAUAUUUCCACAAUGUAAAUAAGAUGUCUUGUACAUAGGUAUGUUUGGCUACUUUAUGUCUGAGCCUAAGAGGCUGUCAUAUUUAGCAUGUACUGUUGUCUGUCAUAUUUAUUAUUUAACUGAAUUUGGUGGAAUAGUCUGGUAUGAUUAUCACUCGCUAAUGCGUAGCUGUCAAACAUUAGUUCCAUUGUCGUAUUAAAAAAUUGUAAACCUUGCUUCUUUAGUAAAGUUGCCAGAAUUAAAGAGAAAUACUAAUCACAAUAAAACCCAUUUAGCUUGGAGGUAUAUAAAAAAAUAAUUUGUUAAAAGUAAUUUAAUGCUAUAACUAAAUUUGACCAAAGAAGUAUCGGUACUGACUUUACUUGUUAACAUUGCAUUUUAGUUACUUUGUAGUUUAAUUUCAUUUGUUGUUAAUCAGUCAAUAUCUCUACCAUCUGAGUGUAGAGGACUUGUGUGAGCAUAAUACAGAAUACUGAAAUUGAACCUGUAGCACUUUUAUCCUCUUCUAUUUCUGCUAAGAGUAAGAAGAGCUAUUUUCAGGUUAGUUUCAAACCAUAGCUCAUUAAUAAUAUUUAAAAAUCCCAAUUGCUAUUCAUCAAAAGGAAUUACGGUAUAUUCACAUUUUCAGCUAUUCAUGAAAAUCAAUUACAAUUAUAUUCAUAUCUUCAAAAAUUUGAACCUAAAUAGGAUAUGAUAGCUUUCAAGUGACAUUUUUUAAACAAUAAAAAAAUUAUAUUUGAGGUGAGUUUGGGCUGCUUGACUGAGGUAACUCUUUCCUCCUGUUGUAUGCUUGUUUUUUGGGGGAUAAAUUUUGUGGAAAUCAGAGUAGCAAGAUUUCAUCAUUUAUUUGAACAUGUGUACAGAAAUAGAAAUAUUGCAACCCCUGUGAUUCAGCUGUUUGAUACACUCUAUAUAUCAUAGAUGGAAUAGUUGUGUAAAGUAAAAUAUAGAUUUUGUUCUCAGUUGAUCAACAAUGGGCUUUCUUCUGCUUAAUCUUAAGAGAGACACUGUCUUGGUUUAAUCUGCCAGUAUAACUGUGAAUAUUUGUAGAAUCUUCAAUCCAGGGGAUCAUCUAUCAUAUUUUUCCACUCCUAAUGCACUUCAAUUAAAUAAAAAUAUGUUUCACAUGAUCGAGUGAAUGUGUAAAUAUUAUAAAUGUAUAGGAUUGGAUACAUGAUUUUUCUUAAAGCUUAAGGGGCAGUCUGCUUUUGUGGUUAUGUGAUACUUUUUGCUGUGUGCAAAAAAAAAAAAAUAGGAAAAAUGUUUUUUUUUGGACUGUAAUGUUGAUGAAAGAGUUUGUAAGUAAGGCAGUUCUGUCAUUUUUCAUUAUGGCCACCCGUAGUGUUGUCCACUUAAUUGAAACCCAGUAAAAUGUAUGAAAAAAAAGUUCUCUUCUGUGUGUAUUGUUUUCAUCUACAAGUAAAAGAUCUUACAUAUGCCUCUCUAGCUGUUUACUCUACAUCGCAUUCAUCAGCUAGAAAAUUAAAGACAUGUUAUUUAAAGUUGCUAUGUACCAGUAGUAAAAGGUCUGGUUCUGACUUUAUUAAUUAAUGGGGACAUUAAAAUUACAAAGAACGGUUUCCAAUUAGACCUUUUAUUUUUUAUUGUGCAGGACUGCUUUAAAACUAAGCUAAGAGUGCAGAGUAUUCAUUUUAUCUAAAGUUUAUAAAAUUUAAGUUUGAUGAAGCUUUCACAUUUUAAAUUUUAUGAGCGAGAUUUUUUUGGAUGGCUAUGUUCUAAUGCACCACCAUAGUUGUGUUAAUGUAGAUUAUCAAACCUUUUUUUAAACAUUUAAAUGGACUAAAAAAAAAAAAGAACAC